AUGAGUAUAAGACUUUUGAAAGAUCCUGCUACUGUAAGUAGCCGUAUAUUUGUGGGUCAUUUACAAACUGAUGACAUGACUAAACAUGAGUUGGAAGAGCAUUUUUCAAAGUAUGGAACGGUUGUUGGCUCUUUGAUAAAUCGAGGUUUUGGUUUUGUACAAUUUGAAGAAGAACAAUCUGCUCAAAAGGCUAUUCAAAAUGAGGAUGGGGCAAUGUUCAAAGGCAGAAGAAUAGAUGUUAGACCAGCAAAAAAAGACAAUCAAUCUAGUGUAGGAGGUGGAGGCCCAGGUAAACAAUUAGGAGGAUCUAAUCAAUUUAAUACUGGCAACAAUCAUUUCAAUGCUGGAAAUGAUGCUUUCAAUAGUGCAAAUCAGAAUUAUGGAAGCAAUCCGAAUUUUAAUGCAAAUCAAAGUUUUGGUUGUGAACCACAAUUAAAUGAUAGUCAGAAAGGAAACAAUAUGCCAAAUCAAUUUGGGGAAGGAAAUCAGAACAGAGAUAAUGUGAAUGAUCAAUUUGGAAAUCAAAAUCGAAAUAAUGCAAAUGAACAGUUUAAUAAUCUUAUGCAAAGUAAAGGAAAUAAUUUUACUCCAAAUAAUCAGAAUAGGAGUGGUGGUGAUUUUAAUCAAAACAGAGGUGGUAAUCAAUUUGGACCAGGUGGAAAUCAAAACAGGCCUGGUGGAAAUCAAAAUCGUAAUGCAAAUAAUCAGAAUCAAGGUGGUAGUGGAGGUGGAGGUAUGAACACUGGUGGGGGUGGUAGACUAAGAGGUACUAGAGGUGGAAAAAAUCGAAAUAAAAACAGAGAUAAUUCAGGUGGAAAUAACUUCAGAGAUCGCAGUCCUAUCAAUAGAAGUGGUCGUUUAGAUGAUAAAGGUAGUAGAGAUUGGGAUCAUAAACAAGGAGAUAGAGGAUUAAGGGGCAAUAACUUUGGCAGAGAUUCAUUUAAUGAUAGCAAUAACCGUUAUGAAGAUUUUAAGAAUUCUGGUCCUAGAGAUAUGAAUAUAAAUUUUAACAAUACAAGUACAUCAAGUGAAUACUCAACUGUAACAACUGAAAAGAAUGACUGUGAAAUUAUUGUUGUUAACAAAGCAUUAACGGAAUAUGCUGAAAGUAUUGAAAUGAGAUUGAAAAAAAUUGGAUUAACAGUUGAUUUGUUAUUUCCAAAUGAAGAUGUUCUUUUAAGUAGAGUUCUAGGAAAUAUUGCAAGUCGUGGAUGUUUAUAUGCAGUUGUAGUUACACCUAUCAAUCAAGAACACCAUUCCUUAACUUUAAACAUUCUUCAUGGUUUACCCCAAGAACAUAGAAAUAUGCUCGUUGAAGAUGCUAUUAAUUUAAUGUCGCGUGAUUUUGCUAAUUAUAAAGCUGGUGGUCGAUCCGUUCCAUUGAAUACACCUUUCGCAAAUGAACGGCAUCCGGAUGCUAUUCAGGUUCUUUUAAACAUGCUAGCUGAUAAUCAUCAGUUGACAGUAUUACAAUACGAUCGUGUUAUAAAAUAUCUUGAAAUCAAACGUGAAGAGCAAGUACAAGUUGAAUUGGGAGAUGUAAAAGAUAUACCAACGACGACGACGACGAUAACAGUUAGCGACCCGAAACAAGCCGAAUUACAAUCUAGGAUACUUAACAUUUUGAACAGUAAUAAAACAAAUUCAUCUGCACCAGCACCUAGUCCAGUACCAGCUCCAACUUCAGCACCAACACCUGUCCCGCCUGCUACGUGGGGAACAGCAGCAUCAACUGCCACAACAGCAUCCACAACUACUACUACUACGGGAGUUUCACCGUCACCUCUGCUAAACGAUCCAACAGUUCAAAAGGCACUUGACAGUCUGUUGCAAGGCAAUUUGCUCAAAAGCAUCGGCGAUCAGCAACCGGCUACAACCACGACACCUCUGUUUGCGGCUUUUUCGAAUAUCGGCCGAUUUUAA